CCUUGUAUGAUAGACACUCACUCCUGGUUCCUUCUUCCAGUCAAUAAAAGCCGAUAUCUCGCCUACGUCUCAGUGUGAGUUAUUGAUGGUGCAUCAAUUUUAUUGACUGGAAGUUUUAAAACAUGGAACCCGUUUUGCGUCCGGACCGGUUGGAUUUGGACCCUCAAGACCCUGACGCAGCUCUCGCUUUUGAACACUGGCUUGCAUGCUUCCAAUCGUACUUGGCGGAGCUUCGUGCGACUGAACCCGCCGUUAUGCACAGAAUCCUACUCUCGAGGGUCACCCCCAAAGUUUACUCCUUUAUCCGGGACCUGCCGACCUACGAAGGGGCACUGGACGCCCUCAAACGACAGUACCUGCGGCCGGUGAACACCGUCUACGCAAGACAUCGCUUAGCUACCCGGCAACAGCGGCCUGGCGAAUCGUGCGCUGAGUUUCUCCGAGCACUACAGACACUCGUCCGAGCUUGUGACUGCAAGACGCUCACGGCAGAACAGCAUGCGGAGCUGCUGGUGCGAGACGCCUUUGUGACGGGACUGAGGUCAGUGUACAUGCGCCAGCGGCUGCUGGAGAACUCGGAUCUUACCUUAAGCUCGGCGAUAGAGAAGGCCAACGCUCUAGAAGCUGCGCGGCAUAACGCCGACGCUGUCCAGUCGCGCGAUUCCCCGCCGGUUUCGUGGACGCCUCAGACCCCGCCACCGCCGGCUCCCGGGAGCGAAUUCGCCAACGCCGCCGCCAGUCGCAAUUCCACGAGCUCCCCGACCCAGACCACGGCUGUGGCCCGUAAGAAACUCGGGCCUUGUUAUUUCUGUGGCCAAAAGAAACAUCCUCGACAACGCUGUCCAGCGCGAGAAGCGACCUGCUCCAGCUGCGGAAAGCGGGGCCACUUCGCCAAGGUCUGUAAGUCUCAACCUCGAGCGGAGUGCAGCGCUGCGGGUGAAACGUGGGGGCCGCCAUCUUGCAUGCCGGGAUGUGGGCGGCCAUCUUUGUCGACGUCAGCACGCCCCGCCCCCGAUCCUCGGAUGCUGACCGGGUACCCCAGAUGUGAGCGGCCAUCUUUGUCGGCGUCAGCAUGCCCCGCCCCCGACCCUCCGAUGCUUACCGGGUACCCCGGAUGUGGGCGGCCAUCUUUGUCAACGUCAGCAUGCCCCGCCCCCGACCCUCCGAUGCUGACCGGGUACCCCGACGGCGAUCCAACUCUGGCCACUGUGACUCUCGACCAAAGCGCCCCACACCAGCUUGCAAGGUCCAUGAUGGACAUCCAGGUGGAGGGGCAUUGGACUGGAUGUCUGUUUGACACGGGCAGCACUGGGAGUUUUAUUCACCCGGACACAGUGCAACGCUGCGGACUUGCAACGCGGCCGGUCAGUCGGAGGUUCCAUUUGGCCUCUGGGUCGCAGUCCGCAGACAUCCGGGCGGGUUGUGUAGCGACUUUGGUGGUGCAAGGCACAGUAUAUCAGGACUUUGAACUGCUGGUCAUGCCUAAUCUGUGUGCACCUGUGCUAUUGGGGCUGGACUUCCAGAGCCAUCUCGAAAGUGUGACUAUGGUAUACGACGGGCCCCUCCCACCACUCACUGUCAAGAAUCCUCAGUUUUGUGGGACUUCUUCACAUACCCCGCUACUGACCACACACACACACGGACACACACAUCCCAUCCAGAACCAGGCCAACAGCUGCGCUACCGACACUUGCAGCCUCUCCACUCUCAAGAUCCCUCCCCCACCGCUGUUCGCCAACCUGACCCCCGACUGUAAACCUGUGGCAACCAAAAGCAGGAGGUACAGCGCGGGGGACCGGGCCUUCAUUCGGUCGGAGGUGCAGCGGCUGCUCAGGGAGGGGAUCAUUGAGCCGAGCACAAGCCCUUGGAGGGCCCAGGUGGUUGUUGUUCGGACUGGGCAGAAAAAUAGGAUGGUGGUGGACUAUAGUCAAACCAUCAAUAGGUUUACGCAGCUUGACGCAUACCCCCUACCCCGCAUCGCGGAUAUGGCGGGCGGCCGGCUCUAUCACUUCCUGCGCGUCCCUUUCGGUGUCACGAAUGGUGUCUCUGUCUUCCAGAGGGAAAUGGACCGGAUGGUGGACCAGUACCAACUGCAGGCCACAUUUCCCUAUCUGGAUAACAUCACCAUCUGUGGUCAUGACAGGCCAGAUCACGACGCCAACCUCCAACGGUUUCUCCAA